GUACGGGCACGAGUGGGGUGCAUUUGGGUCUGUUUCUGGGUUUACUGUAAUAUCGGAAAAUCAAUUUCCGAUAUGAUAAUGGAAAAUGAUUUUCCGAUAUGGUAAUGGAAAAUGAUUUUCCGAUAUGACAGUAUGACAGUGCAGACUUCCAAAAUUUAUUUCCAAUAUUUAACCAUGGCAUGUAUUUAGCUUCCAGGAUUACUUUGCUGAUUUGUUGAGAAUUGGAAAAGAUCAAGAUAGAUUUGAUGUGUUGUGAUUAGGAAAGUUGUUUAUUGUUUAUUGUUUAUUGGAAAAGAUUAAGCGCUCAAAUCAUAUGCUUCAUGUGUUGUAAUUAGGAAAGUUGUUUAUUGUUUUUGUUUGCUUGUGAUGAUGGUUGCUUGACCUUAACACAGCUAGAAAUUUAAUUUAAUCACAUUCACAUGCAAACUAACAACUAAUUCUCUAUAUUUUCCUUUUCCUAUGGUUAGUUGCUAAACGAUUGAUUGGAAAUUUCCUGAUUAAGUUAAAAAAUGACUCAAAUGAUAUGCUCAUAUGUGAAAAUGCUUUACUUAUUAUGACAAGUAUUGUUAAAUUUGUUUGUUUUGCACAGAUAGCGAGAAUGAAGGGCGGGAGGAAGAGGUCACGACAUGCUUCUACUAGUGAGGAUCCAGCGGAUCGACACGAGCGCUUGCAUGCUUCUACCAGGCGCGGCGACCAUAUUGCAGCCACUCAGGCGGUAGAGGCUUCAGCUCCGUCUCCAUCCCCAUCUGCUACUCCGGUCGAGGCUCCGUUAGCUACCCCGGCUCCAUCUGCUACUCCGGUCGGGGCUCCGUCAGCUACCCCCGCUCCGUCUGCUACUAGGGCUCCGGCUGAGCUGGACCCUGCUCCGUUGUCUCCGAUGGCUGAGUUACCUCGUCAGGAGACAUCUUCUUCUGAGCCUAGUGGCGAGGAGUCUUCUUCUUCUUCUGAGCUUAGUGGUGAGGAGGAGGAGCCUCUUAUUCUGCAGGAGGAGAUUGAUGCUGCUGAUGUUAUGCCAGAUGUGGUGCCAGAGGGCGGUGCGGAUGACGACCUCAUCCAGAGGGUGGCACCGUUUCCCGGGGGGCCUGAGGAUCUGUCGCUUCUUGCGCAUUAUCCUGACCACAAGGCUCCUUGGACGUGGCAGGCACUUCUUCGCACAGACCCGCGGUACGUGGACCGUCGGACAUUGAGGGUGGCCACUGUUGGGGGAAGGUAUGGAACCUCCCCUGUGAUGGCGAUUCAGAGGCCCACACACAUGUGCGACAGCUGCUGCAGCAGACGGGUUUGUAUCACCUGCCUUGGUGCGGGUUACCGGAGACAGACCCAGCUGUCGUACUGGCCCUUGUUGAGAGAUGGCAUGAGGAGACGAGUAGCUUCCACAUGCCGUUCGGGGAGAUGACUAUCACCCUGGACGAUGUGUCUGCUCUUCUCCAUCUUCCCACAGGGUCGAGGUUCUACACUCCGGGCAGAGGGGAGCGAGACGAGGUUGCAGCGCUCUGCGCCCAGCUCCUGGGAGGAUCUGUUGCUGCUUAUCUGGCUGAGUUUGAGGCGGCGGGUGGCCAGAACAUUCGGUUCAUUACUCUGAAGACCAUGUACACGUCUGCUAUGGAUGGGGGACGCUAUGAGGAUGCUGCUAGGAUCUGGCUGGUGAACCAGCUUGGUGCCACCCUCUUU